AUGACGGUGUCUUACGAGCUUCUCAGGGUCCCUUCCCGCCGCCUCGAGAGUCCCCUUUCUUGGUGCAUUUUUGGGAUCCUUUUGGGGGCCCUAGAGCUCCUGCUACCCAUCAGUUCCGAUGCCUGUGGUGCCCCACCGAGAUUUAACUCUAUGAAAGUCAAGGGUAAUCCUGCAACCUCUUAUAAUACUGGGGACAAAGUAGAAUAUGAAUGUCGCAUAGGAUUCAGGAUUAUUGUUCCUCCUCUUCCCACCUCGACUGUUUGUCAGGCUGAUAACACGUGGACACCACCUCUCCAGGAGGCUUGUACAGCAAAAUCAUGUCCACAGCUACCAGAACCUAUAAAUGGCCAUAAGAUCUAUGCAAACGGAACUUUUGUGUUUGGCUCACAGGUUCACUUUUUUUGUGAUGAGGGUUAUUACUUACUUGGAACAAAAAUUUUAUAUUGUGAACUUGAUGGAAAAAAUGUGGCCUGGAAUGACAAUCCCCCACGGUGUGAAAAGGUGUUGUGUCAACCACCUAAACAAAUACCAAAUGGAAUGUACACCAAUAGCCACAAGGAUGUAUUUGAAUAUAAUGAAGUUGUGACUUAUAGUUGUAAUCCUUCAAAUGGAUCAGAUCAAUAUUCACUUGUUGGAGAGAGCAGGCUUGUUUGUUCUGGGCCUAACAAAUGGAGUGGUGAUCCUCCUGAAUGUAAAGUAAUCAAAUGUGCAUAUCCAGUAAUAAAAAAUGGGAAACUGGUGUCAGGAAUUGCGAAAAAAUUUUACUACAAAUCGUUGAUUACGGUUGGCUGCCUGGCCGGAUUUCACCUUAAAGGCAGCAACACUGCUGUAUGUGGACUUAACGGUACUUGGGAGCCUAAGUUACCAGAAUGUAUUGCAGUCAACACCUCUCAGUACUAA